CGUGAUCUCACGAGACUUUAUACCAAAACAAUCAUGGCGUGCGUUUGUUGCCUGCGUUCAUUGUCACUUUCUUUCGACAGUGAUUGUUCACGCAAGUAAUGCAAUCGGACAUCGAGAUUCUGUUUUUCUUAAUUAUGCAUACCGGUUUGACACAAAAGUUAAUCAGAUGGAUCACAGCAUAGUGAAAGAUUUCCAGAACUUGCGUGUGUUUUCCAACCGUAAUAUCAUCAGGAUGGAUGAGCUUGUUCAGGACCUUACCAAUGCACUGGAGGAAAGUUCCAAAGGUCACAAGUCUCAAACGGAAAACCUCGCACCAGGAAUAUUUGCACGCAGAAUGCACAAAAAAAGACGUGGAAAACGUCGCAGAUCAGACCCAAGCCCACUGUGGAAAUGUGGAACAAUCAGUGAAGCCUCUGAAAGCAGUAUUGAUGAAGCGUUGAAAGAUUACAUAGACACAGUAGCUUUACUGAGUGACUCAGAUGACAUUUCUCCCAGAAGAAUCCAUCGACUCACAGUCCCACUAACAGAUCCAACUCCACCUGUAGAAUCGGAUUCCGUCACUGAGAAUGUCUCCCCCAUUCGGCCUCAGAGAAGAAGAAGGAAGUUUAAGAGCAUGGCCCUUGAUUCUCCCAGUGCAGAUGACUUAAAUUUUGUGGAGCCCAUUUUUGAACGUCAUAAAACAAUGAAACACAAAACACUUCAAGAUACAAAUACAAACAUGUUCGUACAGGAUGAUGCAGUGGGAGAAAUGCCCGGAGGAAGUAAGAUUCCAGAUGGAAGUGUUCCAGGGAAGAGGAAGAGGAGCACAAAGAGUCGGAGUGAUUAUGUCAAGUCACCAGGAGGAGGAGGAGCUAGUCAGGAGGGGGACACUGAUGGCAUGGACAUCACUUCAUACUCACAAGAGAGCAGUUCUCUGAGUAGCAGUGAAAGUGAGGGACUGAUUACCAAUGAUGAAGGGAGAGAAGCUGACGAUGAGCAGAGUGACUUUUUUCUGGAGCCUGGUCCAUCAUGUGGCAUUGCUGGCAUCAUCCCCUGGUGGGAGAAUGAGCGAGUCACGGACAGCGAGGUGCUCAUGGACAAACAGUUGGGAAGCAUCCUCACGGGAUCCUUCGAACAUAUGCCAGAAUCCUCCAGACAGAGUUUCAAGACCCGUGUCAGCAGGCUGAUGGCAUCGAGUGGGCGAGAAAUACGUCUUGGAAGAAGAAAGCUGAAAGGGAAGAUGCCAAGCUACACAAUGACCAGAUUCCUGCAAGAUCGUCAAAAGUGGAACCAGAUGCAGGGUCGUUAUUUUCCACCCCGCCCGCCGGGGUCAGCCUCCACACACUCAGGAGACUUCAAGAGGCAGCGUAAAACACCCCCAUCUAGCCCCCAGGAUGAGGGGUAUGUUGGUGAGAACGCAGAGCCAAUUCCUGACAACAACAUUGGCAACUUGAUGCUUCAGAGCAUGGGUUGGAACCCUGGCUCGGGUCUUGGACCAAACAGUGAUGGCAUCCAAGAUCCCAUUCAUGCCUACCUUCACCCGGGGCGGAAAGGACUUGGCUAUGAAUCCAAUGGGCUCUCGGAUACGUGAAGUGGCAGCUCAAUCUCAUCUUCAUUCAUCUGAUCAUAGGUCUUAUGUAGACUUACGAAGCAUUAUCACUUUAACUUCAUUUAAAAAAUUGUAGAUUUAAGUUUUAAGAUAAUAACUCUUUGCUAAUAUUGUGGAGAACAUAUUUUUAGAAUGUGAGUGAAUCUUCACUUAUAUCCAUAAAUGGUAUGUGGAUUAUAUGGACAUGAUGAUGUCACCAGGAUCAGCCUUGGACGUCGCCACAUAGAAUUGGUGAGCUGCAGAACUGUAGGCUGUAUUAUCAACAUCAUUUGUUUGUUUGUUGUUUAAUGCUGCACCCAGCAAUAUUGGCAGUCUUUAAAUAAUUAAGUCAGAACCAGACAAUCCAGUGAUUUACAUCAUGAGUAUUGAUCUAUGAAAUUGAGAUACGAUGCAAGUCUGACCAUCCGACCACCUGUUGACUCUUAUGACAAUCAUGGGUUGCUGAAAACCAAUUGUAACCUUGGUCUUUAUCAACAUCAAUUGCAAGCAUAAUUUGCUCUGAAAACACUGAUACUGGAUGUCAAUAUUACAUGUACCAGUACGUCAAUUGCUUGGUGCAGCAAUGUUUCAAAUUAGCCAUGAAAGUUAAGGCAUCGUUGUCAUGACCCUUAUGUUGAAUAUUAAAGACUUAAGGGGGGUGUCUACAUUCAGAUGCUAUUGCAGCAAAUUUCAAAGACCCUUGGAUUUCCCAUAAUUUCCAACAUUGGUAGCUGUUUAUUUGAUUAUAAUAAUGUUCUUUACGCAAGUCUGAGUAAUGAUGAGAUUAUGACUUUUUAUGUGAUAUGGAUCAUCAGCAUGAUCAGUAGUGUCUGUAACCUGUGAAGGUGAAUAGGUCUUUAGCAACCCAUGCUUCAUCAUGUCAUCAUAUCCCAAUUGCGUGGAUCGAUGCUCAUGCUAUCGAUCACUGGAUUGUCCGGGCCAGACUUGAUUAUUUACAGACUGUCGUCAUAUAGCUUGAAUAUUCCUGAGUGCAGUGUUAAACAACAAACAAACAGUAGUGUCUGUUCUGCUAUUGAGAAGUUAACCAGACAAGCAGUGUCAAGAGAUACUGCAUUGCUUGGGGCAUUAUAAUGAGAGAAAUGAAUAUACAAACUGUAUUGUGCCCAGAAUUACUAUACAUUUCAUCACAACACAUCAUACAUGCCUGAUGUUACUUCACUGGGCACUCCUUCAUAAUGGUCAUCCUAUGUGUGGUGUAUCAUAAACCAGUAGUGAUAGCUCCUGUCUCUACUGUAACCUACAUGCAUAGGGCAUUAUAAGGACUAGCAUCAUACCUCAUCUUUCACUGCAGACUCCCACCAGAAACCACAGUUACACUGUUACACACAAAAUGAAUGUGAAUAAGAUUGUAACUGUUUUAAGUAUCCAAACACAGCGCAGGACAUGCAGGAGAUUAUGAUAAUGUUUUAGCAAUAAAUGGGAACCAGAUCCAAUGAUUAAAAUGAUUAAAAUUAAGCAAUACGUCCACAUGCUUGUUGCAAAAUUCAGAACCAGACAAUCCAGUGAUUGACAUCAUCUUCUGCGAAGAUUGGUGUUAUCCAAUACUUUGUUCGGGCAAUUUUGGGAUCACUUUGACAAGGGGUCUUUGUCUGCCAUCUGUCAUUCAUCCAUCCGUUUGGAUUGACCUAUAACCUCUUCUCCACAACACCAUUGAACAAAUCAGUAUUAUUCUAGUUUGCUGAAAGGAUGUUUGAAAUCAGUUGAAUGUGAAGCAUUUUUCUACCACAUGCUCACUGUACUUGUAAGACUAAGUUUUCAUUCUUGAAAUAUGCCCAAAAUAUAUUUUUGUGAUCUACCUGGCACAUGAUGUGCCAGUCAAUUCCCAAAAUAAUCAUACAAUUUGUUGCCCCAAAAACUUGAGCUUUUAUGAUAGGAUUAUCUCUUAACCAGACAUAAACAAGCUCCUAGAUAAGUCUAUAGUACAUAGGACAAACAGAUUGUGAGUGAGUGAGUGUUUAUGGUUUUAUGCCGCUUUUAGCAAUAUUCCAGCAAUAUCACGGCAGGGGACACCAGAAAUGGGCUUCACACAUUGUACCCAUGUCAGGAAUCGAACCCGGGUCUUCCGCGUGACGAGCGAACACUUUAACCGAACACUUUAACCACUAGGCUCCCCAACCACCCCCAGACAGAUUGACCAUGAAAGGGCAAGGUUGUCAGAAAAAUGAAUGGAAAUAAUCAUGAAUAUUUGCAAAACUCUUUAGUGCUAUAAACUAUAUGAGGACAUCUCUGUGCAUUGUGCUUUUGAAUGAUUGAUGACUGCAAUGUAUUUUUUUCCAUCUCAUUACAUAAGUGCUUUAAACUCUCUCCUUCCAAGAAAUGCAUUUAAUAAUUCCCUGUAUAUGAUAAGGUUCAUAUGUAAUGGUUAAGAGAGCAUGGGUGCCCCAUCAUCCAAUUCGCUACAAUUUGCUGUGCAGAGUUGUAUCCUAUGAUUGUGGGUUCGAAUCCCGAUUUGCACCAUACCUGUGCUCAUAGACGUCCGAGACCUGCAUCACUUCAGGCAUUUCCCCCACAUUAAGCUGACACACAGUGAUAUGACUGGAAUACUGUAUGCAUAAAAGCAUACUAACUCACUUUAAUGGUUAAAUUACACAACCUUCACACCUCCCUAGUUCAAUAUUUGUUUCUUAUUAUUUUAUGAGAUAUAUAUAUCUAGGCAUUUUGAUUCUGUUAUACGACACCAAACCUUGUUAUCAGUCUUUACACAUCAUCACACACAAGAGCUUCUGUUCCUAUGCUACACCAGUUGAAUAAAAUGAAAAUGUAAGUUGUAACAUUGCUGUAUUGACAUCUCAAUGAAUGUGUACAUGUAUUAAUAGAGAAGUACCCAUGCUACCCUUCAAACAAGUAGACAUUUCAUAUUUUCUGUCAGUUUGCCCACAAUUCUAUGUUCUGUUUGGAAUGACUAGUUAUCCUUGUGUUAGGGAAGCGGAUGAAGAAAACCAUAGCUUCUCUCUGUCCAUUGUCUGUAGAUGCUGCUGUCAUUAAAUCUCGUUAUGGAGCCUUUGCCAAGGCAUUGUUAGAACACAGGCACCAGUUGCUGCACACUUCCAUGUUCUUGUUGACAAUCAGUUUAUCUGCUUAUUAUACCUCCUGGUUAAAGGGUAUCUGUUCAUUUAUCUUGAACAAUAUCGGACAGUACAAAAUUGCUCUUUCCUCUGCCUUGUUUGUCAUCAACGUUGUAUUAUGCAUAUCAGUUACUGAACGCCAUCAGCAGCGUUCAUCUAGAUAUUGUGGGACCAGCCCAUUUCCUUGCUCCCCAUCCUGUGUAGAAACCUGUAUUCAUGGACACUUGUCAUCGGGUUUGACCCUACCAUAAAUAUCAAUGCAUGCUUCUGGUUUUGUCAGUUCUUUUUACAUGUCGUAUGUGAGAUGAGUUUUAAAAACAUUAUUGGACUGUGUGUGUAAUAUUGUAUUAUCAUGUCUUUAGAGUCAAGGUAGUACUUAAUAUACUGUGUCUAGAUCUAUCAUUCUUUGCGACCAUUGUAAUGUUAUGUCCUGAGAUGUCUUGUGAUUAUACUCCUGUUAUUACUUACUUGUUUUACUCCCAUGAUUUUUAAGCAUCUAAAGUCCCAUACAUGUCACUCUUGGUCAUCAUGCCAAUUUCACAGAAGUUUCCCCACAAGGAAGGCAGCUAUUUUAUAUACUGUUUAAUCGGAAAAUACAAUUUUAACAUAUUUUUCUCCUUUGCAUUAAUACACACAUCACUGUUGAAUGAAAGUGCUCGACCUCUUCAGUAGGAUCUGAGUAUACAUUGGCACAGGGAGUACCAUAUAAUAUCACAAUGUAAUUCACCAAAGAGACGUAUAUGCUUUUCUGAAAGUAGAAAAGAAUAUGUUGAUCAUUAGCAAUGAUCAUAUAACAUACAACAUGGAUACAUCAGAUAACAUCAAGAAUUUCUCUCAGAACAUUCAUUUAAGUCAAAAAUAGUUUUUAAUUUGCUCAUUAUCCAGUGGGAUACUUUGUUUAAGUUACAUAACUUAAUUUGGAUGUAUUGUAUUUGUUGUAUGACAAUGCUCCGCAUGCAGCCUCCGUAUUUUCUCAUCCCUACAGGGACUAUGCUUAUUGGUGCUGAGAGUAACCAACAGUGUCGUAGAGUCCAUUGUGCCGAAGGUGUUGGCUGGCCUUGGAUAGGAUAAUGUGCUGACCUUGCAGAAAUGAUAUUGCAAUGAAACCUUAGAUAGUUGUAGGAUAGUGAUUCCUUGAUAAUUAAAGAUUGGUGCAAUUUACCUGGUUUUAUGAUUUUAUUAGUAUCUUACUCAAUUUCAUGUGUUCAGUAGUGAUCAUGUCAUACCCCUACAUCAAUAAAACAGCUUCUGCAUC